AUGUGUACGGAACAACAUUUGUUGAACUCAAUACAUAGGAAUUCCAUGAAAAUUGUCUACUACGAUCCUACUUCCUAUGUCAGUGACAACAGUACGAACGUGUUUGUCGUCAUGACGGUUGGCAAUGAACUCAUUAUAGAAACCACACAGGUCCCGACUUCGGCCGUAUUGAGCGACACCAAAAUGACGAACCUGCUGAUUGCAUAA